GAUAUUGCCUGUGAAGGACAGCAGUUUUAAACAUUCUUGUAGCCUGUUGUAGCUAAUUUGCUCCUCACUUCUUUACAGACUCAGCCACACUUUAAGACCAGCUAAAUGGAUUUCUUUUAUAAUGACCUCCCAUCCACCUCCUCUUCCACUCUGAAGGAAGGACAGGAAGACACUCAGAUGUUAAAAGAUACUGACUCUGAUUUAUCAAGAAAAACAUCUUCAAAUGUUUGGAUAUCUGAGUCUGAAGAGGAGCAGAGCAGCUCCUACAUUGAUGACAUCAACAAAAAAGCACAAGAAAUGGUGGAAAAAAUAAACCUCUCACGAACCAGAGAUGAGGAGAUGAUUGACAGCUUUCAGGAGAAGUUAAUAGAGAAGGUGACAGAAAUGUGCCAGCUGAUGAGAGAGCAAAUGUACAAAAUCUAUGAGAAGAACAGCAGUGAAUUCCAGAGGAAAUUGCAAAGUCUGACAGAGGUUGUGGACAACUGCUCCAAGCUAAACUAUGACCUCCUGGAGGCCAGUCAGGCCCUAGCAUGUCUCAGGAGUGGUCUAGACAUUGAUCAGGGUUCAGAGUAAUAACAAGCUAGCUUUAUCCUCCAAAGGGGUUGUGUUUUUAUUUCAUUUGAAGACAAGUUUAAUGGCAUCAGUGGUGUUGUUAUUGUCACGUAUUUGUCUCAUAUCCUUUUCUGACACCAAACCGCCGACCUUGCCUCUGGUUUCGUUUCACAAAUUUCUAAAAGCUGGAAAAAAAAAAAAAAAAAGAUAACAUAGAGUUUCUUCCUGUUUCAUUUCA